GCGCACUUCCUGAGCCUGGAACUGGGGAUCCUAGGUCUCCACUCUUCAUUAACGCUUUGGCCACUUAUCAUUACUUUUAUUAAGCUUCCUAAUUCCGGGAGGCACACAUUUUAUUUUUCGAAGAGGAGGCUGCAACACUGACUGACACGGGGGUGUGGCGUGGUAAAAGCUGUUUUCAAGCGCUUCCGGAUGGAAAAUCAGCCUAUUAUGAGCCAUCACAAAACUUAUGGAGUCGCAAAUCCCGGUUAUGUACCGACAGCAGAGGGGACGCCUGCAAUGUUUGCUCCACCCGCACCGGAGUCCCAUGGACCCAGCGCUCCCCCGGCCGGCAUGUUCGACAGUAUGCCCGGAUACGAAGGAACAUUGGCGGGAGGAGGAGGUGGAUACCUGCCACCACCCAUGCCUUCCUACCCAGCUCCCCAGCCCCAGCCUGGACCUGAACAGCCACACUGGAAUAUUCCAUCUAUAACUGAAGAAACUGCACGGGAGGCUUUGGCCCUGUACGCCUCCAGCAAAUGCUGCUACAGUGCCGCACCUGCGAAGGAUGGUGUGAUCACCAACAUGGAGGCAUUCAAUACGUACAGAUAUCGCCUGGAGACCUUUACUGAAUCAAGAUCGACAGAGUGGAGUCAUGAACCAUACAAUGGCCAGCCAGUGGAUGCCUUUGCUCAGCCACCCCCAGGACCUUGGGAUAUUCCUACUAAUCCUCCAAACUUUUUUCUGGAAAGCAAACAGACUAUCAAGGUUCCCUACACAUCAUCCAUGAAGCCCUGCCACGCCUGUGUGGGAAUGGGUCGAAAACCUUGCCAUCACUGUGCUGGCGCCGGCAACAAAGUUUGCUGGGUGUGCAAUGGAUCCGGUUAUCGUCACGGAGAAGAUCGAUGCAACCACUGCAGUGGCAGAGGACGGGAGAAUUGCAAUUUCUGUCAUGGACGAGGAUCAAGUCAAUGCAGCGUCUGUCAUGGAAAACAGCAGCUUCUGGUCUACAUCAGUCUCACAGUGAAAUGGACUAACAACUCAGAAUCAUUUGUCGUGGAACAGUUGAGUGGACUUUCAGCGGCUAACUUUGACAAAGUGUCUGGCAAGGAGCUUUACAGGGACUCUCAGUACAUGGUUUACCCAGUGGUGGGUUUUCCAGACGCUGCAGUGAUGCAAGCUUCGCAGCGUCUUGUCAGCGAACAUCAGGGAAAGUAUUCCCAGUCCUCGCGCAUUCUCCAACAGCGCCAAACCAUAGAGCUGAUUCCCGUCACCAAGGUCACCUAUACGUGGAAAGGAAAUACACACAUUUACUUCGUUUAUGGAAAUGAGUUCAAAGUUAAUGCAGACGACUAUCCUGCCACCUGUUGCUGUACUAUCAUGUAAUCACUGUGGUCGGAUUCUUUUUUAUUUUCCUUCCCAACCCAACCAGUAGUCGAAUAAGAUUUACUGAGUGCUACAUACGAAUCAUUAAUACACAGUAACCUGAAGUGAUGAAAUGUCACCUUGUUAAACUUUGAUAUCCAGCAGUCUACAUAAAACGUCUGUCUGGACUUUCUCUAACCAUAAGAUAAAUGUACUGGAAAACAUGUUUACAUUACAUUUUAUUGCAGACAUAAUACGAACAAUGCUUACUGACACACUAUAAACCAAUUAUACGUUGUUAAUUGAGCCUGUUUAAUCAUCUGCUCUCAUGGCGAUUUGUGAUCAAAGGCAUAACCAAACAUUUAAUACUGCAUGUUGGGUUUUCCAUUCCCAUGUAUACAUUGCAUAUGAUUAAUUGCUUUUUUUAUAACGAUGUGAUUUUUUUACGUAUAUAAUUUUGUAUGAUAAAUAUUUGUGUCGCCUGCUUUCAUUAAAUCUCAUUUCACAAACUGU